UCUUCUGAUAACAUUUAAUUUUUAAAUUCUGUUUCUCAUAAAUGUUUUUUUUUGUUUUAUGAUUGAAAUAAAAAGUUGAAUCCAUUUGACAAGUCUUAUAAAAAAUUAAAGGCAUCCAACAAUUCUUCCCCAUUAAAGAUUCUUUUCUUUUUCUAGUACUUUAUCAUUAAACUUAUUUCUUUAAUUGUCGAUCAAACGCAAAAUACAAAACGAAUAAACCGGUUUCCUUAAGACCCAAGAAAAUAUAUGCUGCUGUAGAAGAAAAGGUUUUCUUUCAAAACGCUAAACGGAAAUGAAGGUGGCAUAUGUCGCCAGAAAAUCCGAUGGCCUUAUUUUGUGUCAAUCGUGGGAUACACAAAACGUUGCCAAAACGUAUAACCAACAAGGUAAAGAAAUUCUUAAAAGCCUAGGGCGGUCCGAAACACCAACACGUUGUACCAUUGACACAACGAAUAAUAUGUGCUUCCAUUAUAUGGUGCAAGACAAAAUAGUAUAUAUGGUGUUAACAAAAUUAUCUUUUAGUAAAAAAGCUGUCUUUGUUUUUUUAGAAGAAAUGGCUACAGCUUUUCAACAAGAAUUACAAAUAACUUUUGGUACUCGAUCAUUAGAGUACAACUCCCUUAUUGAGACAAUAGAAAAGGCAUAUUAUUUUAUUCAUUUUGAUCGUACAAUUCAACAUUUGAUGAAAACCUUUGAAAAUCCUCAGUCCCAUAAAGCUUUUCAGAAACUAAAUGAGAGUUUAAUAGAAGUGACGACAAUUAUGCGGCAAAAUGUUGAUACCAUUUUAGAACGAGGAGAAAAUUUAGAAUCUGUCGGGAAAAAAGCCAAUGAUUUAAAGCUAACAUCCUCAAAAUUCUCUCGGUCUGCGAAAUACAUUAAUUUGAAAACCUUAAUUGAAAAGCUUAUUUUUUUUUCGCUUUUUGUUUUAUUAAUAGUCGUUUUAAUUUAUGCAAAAUUGAAUUGGUAAUUUGCUACACACAAAAAAGAAUGUAGUAAUAUACG